CCUGAGGGCAGAAUUGACCCUGCGGGUCAGGUCGUGUGGGUGCCCAGCCCUCCUCCCCAGCCCCUUCCCCUCCAGGCCACCCUAGUGGGUCCUGUCCAUCUGCGCCUUCAGCCGGGGGAGGGGGCACCUGAGGGUUCCCCCGGAAGCUUCCUGAGCUCCCCCGACCCUGGGCCCACCUCAUCGUUCUCCUCUGCCCUGUUCUCGGCUGCACCUGGGGAAGACGGAGGAGGGAGGUGGGGCUGGUGUGUGGCCAGGGGCCUGAGCAGCCACCCUGCCUCUCCUCCUCUCCCUCCCUCUCCCCUUCCCAGGCCGGAGGACACUGAUGGACGUGGCCUGGGCAGAGCAGGCCUGGGCGGGGCGGGGGUCCAGUGUGGCCAGGGGAGGCCCCGCGGAGCCCCACCGGUCACCCCGGCUCUGCCGGAGCCCCUGCUCCUCCGGUUGUGAGAGCCCUGUGCUCCGCUCAGCCAGCCACACGUGUGCAUGUGUAUCUGUGUAUCUGUGACUUUCCUUUGGAUUUGUUUCUGUGUUUUUGUAAAUCAGUCCCCAGAACGUUAAGGCUUGCUGGGGGAGGGCAGUGGCCCACCCCUACCCCUGGGGGAGACAGAGGUCACAGCUCUUAAGGUCUUCUCCUUCAGAGGGGCAGGCGGCCGAGCCUGCAUGAACUUGGGGAAGGGUGGGCCCCGCCUCCCGGCCCAUCCCGGCUGCUUGCUGGGGACGGGCGGGGACGAGCAGGGGCAGUGUACAUAGAUGUGUGUAUUCCGAUGGGUCCAGAUCUUAUUUUUGUUUGUUUGAGUUUUGUUGUUUUUUCUUUAAUAAGAGAGCAGUCCUGUGUCUACCGCACCCUGCCCUGGCUCUGCUUGUAGGCCCCGAGCCUGGGAGCGCAGACGGGCACGAAACGACGGCCUGCGCCAUGGCAGGGCUGGGUGCAGGCGCCUGGCGCAGGUGAACCUCGCUCCUCCUGGAAUGCAGCGUCACCGUCAUUAAACCAUGUGGGUCGUGCCCAGCUGGGGCUGCCUGUCUCUCGAUCCGUCUGGAGUCUGCACACACCGGGACCCCAGAGCGGCCUGAAUGUCACGAACCGGUGGGGAGUGGCUGGCUCUGGGGGAGAGGCUGCGGGGGCCACUCAGAGGCGGUCAGCAGGGGGCGCCGGGGUCCCUGAAUUCAUGGCCCCGUGAUCCAGGCCAGUCCUCGCAGCCAGGCUGGUUCUGUUGGGAAGUGGAGGGUGGGCCCGGGGGUGGUGGUCUGAGCACAUAGCGAGGCCUGGCCCGGGGUAGAGGGGGCGGCACCUCUGCCUGACAGAUGGGCUUCCGGGGCCAGCGGGGACACUGCCGGCCCAGCGCCCUGUGCGUGGGGAGGGCCAGGUGUGGUGCGGCAGGAUUUGUUUCCAUUGCUCCUGGACUGGCGGGGGAAGGGAAUUAGUGACAGCGACAGCCAAGGGUGAGGCAGGGAAGACACAGCGGCUUCCAGGAAGGAGCGGAGAAGAGGGGGGCAGGAGGCCCCAGGGAGGAAAGCAGCCUGGACCAGAGGGGUUGUGACACUGGGUGGGCCUGCGGGCCCGGGGGCCCCAGGGGCCUUGAGAAGGAAGGGCGGUGAGGCCCCCUGCAGUCAGCAGCUGCCCACAAGUGGCGGCGCACCCCCCCCAGGCCCUCCGCCCAAGCCCGGGGAAGACCCCCAUCCCGGGCAGCCGGGGACGAGGGAGGCCAGAGCCCAGACCUGCCCUUGAGGAGCUUCUGUGUGUCAGGGAGUGGACGACAGAGUGUAAGUGCAUGUGGCCGUCACGGUGUGAAGGGUGGCGUGGGCCUUGGGAGAGGGCAGCUUGAGCCCAGGGCUGACGUGUCAGCAAGGGCCUGAUGGGGGCACGGACACACCCGGGCAGAGCUGGUGCUCCACGCUGUGGACCCGUGCAAAGGCCCUGGGGCAGGACUGUGCCUGGUGAGCUGGAGGAACAGCCAGGAGGCCCCUGCGUCUGGAGCGAGAGGGAGGAGGAGAGGGCAGGGAGGGGACGGGGCAGGUCCUGCAGGGCCUUGGGGAGGAGUUGGACUUUUACCCCAGGAGGGAGGGUGGGACCCUGGAGGGCUGUGGGCAGAGAGGGGAAGGGAGACCCUUCCCCUCUCGGUGUGGAGACCUGGAAACAGGUGGGCAGGGGCGCAGAGACCAGGGAGGACGCCCUGCCCGGGCAGGCAAUGACAGGACUGCGGCCACAAGCAGCUGGAAAUGAUGAAAGGCAGGCAGGUUCUGGAUUUCUUGUGAAUUUUUUAACAUGUAGUAAAAUGUGUGUAACAUUUUAAGGUGUACAAUCCUGUGGUUUUUAGUAUAUUUACUAUGUUGUGCUGGCCACCACCAUCUAAUUCCAGAACAUUCCAUCACCCCCAAAAGAAGCCCCAUCCCCAUUAUCAGUCACUCCCAUCCUCCUCCCAGCCCGACAACCACGAAUCCACCCUCUGUGUCUGUGGAUUUGCCUGUUCUGGAUGUUUCCCAUCAAUGGAAUCAGACACUUUUGUGUCUGGCUUCUCUCACUGAGCUUCGUGUUCUCAAGGUCGUGUCGGCGCGUCACCCCUUUUCAUGGCUAACAUUCCAGUGUGUGGAGGGACCCUGUUUUGGGUUUCUGUUGUGCGGUUGGUGGGCAUUUGGGUUGCUUCCGCUCUUUGGCUGUUGUGGGUUGUGCCGCUGUGAACACGUGUGUGCAGAUUCUCGCGCUAGAUGUAUUUUGGAAACAGAUGAAGGACUGGACGGGGGUGGAGUGAGAAGGGAGGACCUGGGGGCUGCAGGGCUGCUGGCCUGAGCACCUGGAAGGGUAGGGCUGAGAUUGUGGAAAGGAAAUUCAGAAGCUUCGUUGGGUUUGGAGGCCCCCAUACGGCGGUGUUGGGGGGCAGAGAAGAGGUGGGAGGGCUGAGCCCCAGGCCGGCCCUACCCAGAUGAGCGCCCGCCUCCUCCAGCCUCUGCUCUCCCGGCUCGGCCCCUCAGCUGGGGGAGAGGCAGUGGCCUGGAUUGUGGCCAGCAGACCCAGCUGUUGCCAGGACACCGGGCCGCCUUUGUUGCUGUCAACAAUGGCCCCGCAGGCCUUGGAGGCAGGAGCCCCUGGGCACGCAGAGGCAGACAUGCAGACCCUGAGGCAGGAGGCUGCCCGGCCCUACGUCCCCCGGGGGACCCUGGAAGUGAACCUCCCGGCAUCUCUCUACAGCGAUGACUACCUGUCCCAGGAGGGGCCCCGCCAGACGCCGGCCAUCAAGCAGGCGACGCGCUGGAAGUACACGCCCAUGGGACGAGACGCGGCCGGCCAGCUGUGGUACACGGGCCUGACCAACUCGGACUCCCGAGAAGCCUGGAACAUGCUCCCUCGGGCUCUGGACAGCCCGCACCUCGAGGCUUAUGCCCGCAGGCACGGAUGCCACAGCCCCCAGGAGCGCAGCAUGCCCUCGGCCUACACCCAGCGUCUCCGGGAGACCGCCUGGUACGACCCCGUCAUCCCCGCACAGUACAGGGGCCCCCGCGCGCGGUACGGGAGCGUGCUGUGGAAAGACAGACCCAUCCAGGGCGAGGAGUACGGUGAGCCUGGGCCAGGGGCAGGCGACCCAGGGGCUGGGGGUGAGACCGCCCGGGGCCAGGAGGCGGGGCCAGCCGGUGACCCGGGUCCUGGCCCCCCAGGGAUCCACAGGCACCAAUUCGGGGUCGAGCCGCUGUGGCGGGCGUCUGACUACGUGCCAUACCUGUCGGCGCCCCAGCGCCCGCGCUACACCACCCAGAACUACCGGCAGUGGGACCUGGAACCCCGCUGCCCCUCCACCGGCCGGCAGCCCCCGCCCGUCCACGUGGCCAGUCACUGAUAAAGAUCGCGCUGCCCGGUGUGGCUCUUC